AGGAUUUACUUAUAAGCUUUCUCUCGGUAUUGAAAGGACAAGCGUGUUGAGACUUUGGCAUUUUUAACGAUCACGUCUGUUUAUAAGGCGCUGCUGUUUGGAUCAGUGUUUUGUUGGGGUAGGGUGAACGUACACGGUCUUGGAGGUGAUAUUUGUGUUUGGAUCGACGUACAUUCGGAUACGAUGGAAGCGAGGACCAAACCCGGAAAGCGUUCAGUAAGAUUCAACACAGCCCCGCCCAAGAAGGACGUAGAAGUCCUCACCGACUCCAGUCUGGUGAUGCUGGCCCGUAAUAUAGGACCGGAGAACCUCAACGGCGUCGUGCUGGCCAUGAUGCUCAACAUCCCCACCACAACCAUCGUCAACUGCAUCUACGCCAUCACCGACGACGGCAUAUCAGAAGAGAACGAGAAGCUUCGCAUAUCUGUUGCGGAGAAGUGUCUUCUGUUGUGGAAGGAACUGACGGCGGACGUGAAGACGAGGGACCGGGUGAAGUACAUGGAGCGUGCACUACGUGAGAUGGGAAAGAACGACAUUGCGGAUGUGUUUGUUGACAGACAUUCCAACAACCAAGAAAUCACACAAGAUGCUUUCCUUUAGGAAACAGAAACGGCUGUAAUGACUUUCGGGAACAUCAUCCUCGAUUACCAAAUGAUUGGAUUUAAGACGAACUCUCAAAAGUCUUAAGAUUUGUUGUCAUACCCAUUAGCAAGAUAAAUUAGGCUCCAACUUGGUGAUAUGGUGGAGAUUGGGAUGUCCUUCCGAAACGAAGCUCCGGAAGUGAAUGACAUUCGCCACCAAUCGCUUCUCUCCG